UACCAGUUUAGCUACGUUCAUAAAUACAUCUACUUGAUGAGCUAUGUUCCAAAAAAUCACAAAUAGUCUGAAAUUUAAAUAAUAUUUCAGCAGUGCUAGAUAUGUUCAGUUUAAGAAUGAUAUUUUGUGGUCUACUACUUAAUAUUGCGAACGCAAUUGAAGGAACAAUCAGUUCAGAUAAUCGGUCCAUCAUGCGACGCGUUUCGGAACCACUUUCCUAUAAUGUAUUUUUAGAUAUCAGCAGUGAAAAGUUUGAUUUCUAUAAAGGAAACGCCGAAAUUGAAAUGCGCUAUUUGGAUACGAUGAACUCUUUUUAUCUGAACAACAAAGGAGUGUCCAUUGACCGGAAUAGCGUUAAAAUAACAAAACCGAACGGCGAAAGCUUACCUCUGGGGAACUUGAUCGGAAUGGACCAAUUUGAACAACUGUACUUCGGGUUUGCGGAGAAACUCCAACAGAAUGAAACAUACAAAAUAUACAUGGAGUUCUCAAACACUAUAGGAACAGAUCGGAAAGGAUUGUACAGGAGUUAUUACAGCGUUGGACAAUCAAAACGUCAUAUCGCAGUAACUCAUUUCAAACCAUCAUAUGCCCGUAUGGUUUUCCCAUGCUAUGAUGAACCAUCCUAUAAAGCACUCUUCAAUAUCUCGAUUCGUCAUCGUUCCGAAUUCCACGCCUUAUCGAACAUGCCAACUAGAGAAAUUACAAUAGAAGAUGGAAAUUUUACAGUUACACGAUUCGAAACUACACCCUUAAUGCCCACAUACACCUUAGCUUUCGUAGUAUCUGAUUAUAGUGGCACCACAUCUGAUGAGGACACCCGUAUCAAAGUAUUCGUUCCAGAACACCAAAUACAAUACACGCCGUACGUCCUAAAUUUUGCCGCUAAAUCACUUAAAUGUCUGGAAAAUUUCCUCGAACAACCGUUCCACCUGUCAAAGGUUGACAUUGUCGCAAUUCCCGAAGCCAACACUGCUGCAAUGGAAGGCUGGGGUUUAAUAACAGCUUGGUCUGAUUUGCUGUUGUACAACGCAGAAACAACAACCGCGCGUACUAAACAGAGAAUUGCCAACCUUAUCAGUCACCAGUUCGUGCAUUCGUGGUUCGGAAAUGCAGUGACCCCAGAAUGGUGGACGUAUCUUUGGAUGAGUGAAGGUUUUUCCCGGUAUUUUGGAUAUUUUGUAACGGACCAGAUUGAAGACACUUGGCAGCUUUGGGACCAAUUUGUGGUGAACAAUGUCCACUGGGCACUUUCUCAAGACGAUAAGAGCAACACCAGAGCAAUGAAUCACAAUCCCACUGGAUCUGCUGUGCUGGAAGACUUGUUUGACUACGUGGUCUACGAAAAAAGUGCAUCAGUUAUAAGAAUGAUGCAACAUGUGUUUGGCCUCGACACAUUGAAAGCGUCUCUGAUUGAAUUCAUCGCAAAUAGUGGUUAUCAAAUCACUAAGCCAGAACAUCUAUACCGAUAUAUUGAAAAGCACAAUAAGGUCAACCUGCCAGGGACCGUCGAGGAAAUUUUUAGCAGCUGGACCAAUAAUCCAGGAUACCCAUUAGUUACCGUAAUUCAAGAUGGGACUCAUAUAACUUUUUCCCAGAAACGUUUCUGGACACCUGUGGAAGGUGAAAAAUAUCCAAACAACGUCACAUAUUUCGUACCUCUUACCUACACAUUCUCUUCAGAACUAAAAUCCAAUUCUUCCCAACAAAAUGAUUGGUUAACGCCAAACUUGACUGAAAUAGUAAAAGAAGUGGCCGAUGUUGAUAGCUGGAUUCUUGUUAACAUACAACAAGUUGGCUAUUACAGGGUGAACUAUGACAAUGGUAACUGGGCAGCAUUGUCUGCCGUACUAAAUUCAGAUGAAAUGAACAUUAUUCCUGUGAUAAAUCGUGCUCAAUUAAUAGAUGAUGUUACCAGUUUGGCUAGAGCAGGAGAAACUGAUUACAAAAUCGCACUCUCACUAAUGAACUAUUUGAAACAAGAGCUUGAAUACAUUCCAUGGAGUACAGCGUACAAUGCGGUUAUGUUCCUUGAUAGAAUGUUCUCUGGCAAUGAACAAUAUUCUUCGUUUGAAAAUUUUAUCCGAACACUAACAGAACGUGUUUAUGGAAAAAAUCGUAUGGCUGAUUCCAACGAUCAUGUCAGUCGGCUUCAUCGAGAAAACAUUUCAUACCUUAGUUGUUUUUUUGGCCUGAAAGAUUGUGUAGACGACGCAAAACAGUUAGCGGAUCGAAUGCUAACCGAUGAAUCAUACGUGCCACAUGCAGAACUACAAGCGGCCAUCUUCUGUAGUAUAAGUAAAUAUGCGCCGUCAAAACAGGAUAAUUUACUUCAGAUCAUAUACGAGCGCUAUCUCUCUAUGAGUGAAACUGAUGAUGCCCUCAUAGACCGAUACAUUGCUGGAAUGAGCUGCACUACAGACGUUGCCACGAUUAACUCUCUUCUGAAAGUGUCUGUAAAUUAUUCGCAAGAUUCUAAUCUGACAAACCAUGAAAAAAAUCAGAUAUUAAUUGGAUUAGUAAGAAGUUCCCACAACGGUUUACGGGAAGGCUUAAAUUUUCUGUUAGAAUACUAUGCAGAUGUAUCCUAUAUGAAUGCACCGCUUGAAGAAAUAUUCGGAGAGUUCGGAAAUAGAGUCAAUACCAAUGAAACAUACGAACUGCUAAAACAGGUGGUGGAAAAAUAUCAAAAUAUAUUCUCCGACUCCAUAGCCGCGUCCGCUAAUCAAUCCUUGGUCAAUAGUGCUAAAAACAUCGCUUGGGUGGCAAAGUAUGCUAAGGAAAUAAGUAACUGGCUUGUAGCAAACGACUACACACCAACUUCCACAACACCAAAUCCCCCGACAUCCACAGGAACAUCUUCGAUCGCGAUAAACUUUGUAGGAAUAGUUUUAUUCGUCUGUUUAAUGCAUUUGUCAUAAUAAACUAAGCACCCCUUCAAAUCUGGCAACCAUUCUUUUUUUCCUUCUUCUUGUUCCUUAAUGGCACUAACUAGAGGAACUUCGCCGUCUCAACGAAGUAUUAUUUGCGUCAUUUCUAUUUGUACUUAGUAGAGAUUUAUAUGCCAAGUAUUUAACACGCCUUGAAUGCAUUCUGAGUGACAAGCUCUAGAAUACACGAGAAUUUGAAAAGCGAUAACGACUAUAAUAGGUUUUCAGGUGGAGUGAACACAUUUCUAAAAUAAAAAUUAUGGAUGAAAAUUAACUUCUAACCGCAUCAGAUUAGUAUCCUAUGUAAAUGAAACUCUCUUUUACUCCAAGUGGUACGAAAAAUGUUAUACGGAAAUUGUAUCUGAUAACGAUUAUAUUAAGCUGUCAAAAAAGU